AUGUACACCUCACACAGUACGAUUGCUUUUCAAAAGCCGGAGAUAUCAAAUGUGAUUUUACGAUGCCUCCCAGUAGAGCACUGUAAAAGAGCCCAGGGUCUAAGUAUUGUUAGGAUUCCAGGCUGCAAUGUGGAGAAUGCAUCUUAUGGACUGACGGUGUGUGCCGAGCGGACUGCCAUCCAGAGAGCUGUGGUGGAGGGCCACACACAGUUCAGCGCCAUCGCCGUGACAUGUGACAUCAAAGACCGCUUUGUUGGACCAUGCGGAGCGUGCCGACAGGUCCUCAUGGAGAAAUUUGAGAAGAAAUAUAACAGCGAGCUGGCGAAGGGUGCUGUCUCCAAAGAAACAAAGUUUGAGUAUGCUUGGUGUUUGAUCAGGAGUAAAUACUCACAGGAUAUCAAGAAGGGGAUUGUACUUUUGGAGGAACUGGUUCAGAAAGCAUCAAAGGACGACUCCCGGGACUUUUUGUUCUACCUUGCAGUGGCCAACUACAGACUCAAAGAAUAUGAAAAAGCUCUCAAGUAUAUCCGCAUUCUCCUAAAGAACGAGCCGGGGAACAAGCAGGCUCUGGAGAUGGAGAAGCUCAUCGACAAGGCUUUAAAGAAAGAUGGCCUUGUCGGCAUGGCGAUCGUCGGGGGAAUCGGCCUUGGCGUGGCCGGCUUAGCGGGCCUCAUCGGCUUGGCCGUGUCAAAAGGAGCUGCCAAAUCCUAACUUGGGUGUGAGUGGGAACGUGGAUGUUUUUUCUGGACUCACACACUGACCAGCCUGCAUAAAAAUAAAGCUUUUGUACUAAAA